UGCAUGUGCUUUUGUUUACUUAUUAACUAUUUCUUAACUCCCAAGCAGCGGCGCCGUUACGCCUUUCAAACGAAUUCAUUGCAUGGAAUUUCUCUUAAAGAACGCACCUUCAGUCGGUGGAAAGACAACGUUGUGCCGUACACACUGUCAUCGGACUAUUCCACAGAGCAGAAGAAGACAAUCUACGACUUACUAUCCAGCUUGGAGCAAAUCUCGUGCUUUCGUUUUCAACAGCGUUCCACCGAAAAGGACUUUCUGGUCUUCAUACCUUUGGAUGGAUGCUACUCAUGUGUGGGCAAAAUCGGUGGUGCUCAAGUGUUGUCUGUAGACUGUAUUGCUGAUUACACAAUAUGGCACGAAGUGAUGCAUGCGAUUGGCUUUGAGCACAAACAUCAACGCCCCGACAGAGAUCAGUUCAUUCGCGUCGAGUACAGAAACGUUCAGCGAGGACAACUAGUGGAUUUUGAGAAGCUUUCGUCAUAUGAAGUGGACUGUCCCGAUUCAUAUGACUACAAGUCAAUUAUGCACUACGACUCGAAAGCUUUUGGAAGGUUGAACCCUGUAAGGAAUGUUUACUUGUUUAUGCUUCAGGAAGGAGUAACUUUAAAUGAUAAUCUAAAGAUGUCGGCGACAGAUAUCAAGAAGCUAAGUCGUUUGGGAAAAUGCUACAGCGACCUUGAACAUUUCCGACUUCAGGUGGAGCUAUGGUCGAUGAAGAUCUACUUUCCUACUAUACUUAAGAAGUGUGUUAGAACGUGCCAAAUGUGUGGUACAAGAACAACUUAUGGUUUUAUGACUUCUCACUCACAACGACAACGCAAACCAGCAGAGUACACUGGUCCUUUAGAAUGUGAGCAUCACUUCUAG